CUAGAACAGAGAACAUCUGGAGUCCUGCAUCUGAAACCAGCUCCACGCCGCUUUGAAUCUCAUCAUUGCUGCAUUUUUCUGCUUCUAGGGUUUGGAUCAGCUGGCGUGUCUCUGGUUGUCUUUGGGGAGUCGCCCCCCCCAGUGGACUCUUCCGGAUCCAGGAUCUGCUUCAGGUCGUCUCACUUUUCCCUCCCGGUGAAGAAAACCUGCAGUUCUCACGUUGACCUGUUUCCUGACAAACAGCAGCAGGACGGAGAUAAAGACGUGUCCCCCUCCCCCGCCGUCCCCAACCGCCCCCUGCUGCCAGGGUGAUGGGGUCCUCGCUCUUCUUCUUCUCUGUGUGUCGGCAGGAAACUCACAUCUCCACUUUUAGUCCCAUCAGUUUCCUGGGCUGGAGCUUUCCAGCUUCGGGAGAGUUGAACCGAGCGCCGCUUCGUUCUGCUUCGUCUCCGGUUUUCUCCUGACCUCCGGGAUCCUGGUCGGGUUCGGACCGCUGGUCCUGCAGGGACCAUGCCGACUCUGCAGAGCGCCGCAGUCCUGCUGCUUUCCAGCCUCCUGAUUGGUCCGAGCUGCAGCCUCAACCCCGGAGACCCCAACGUGUGCAGCGUGUGGGAGAGCUUCACCACCACCGUGCGUGAGGUCUUCUACCACCCCUACGACCACGUGACGGAGGAGUCCUGCUCUGACCGCCGCACCGCCUACAAGUGCACGCAUCACAGGAUCACCUACGACUCGGCGUACCGGCAGGCGGUGGAGACUGACUACCGGAAGAGGUUCCACUGCUGCCCUGGGUUCUACGAGAGCGGCGGCAGAUGUGUCCCUCACUGCUCCAGGGAGUGUGUCCACGGCCGCUGUGUCGCUCCGGACCGAUGCCAUGAGAGAGGAUGGAGAGGAGAGGACUGCUCCAGUGCCUGUGACGACCAGCACUGGGGUCCGGGCUGCGCUCAGCCGUGUCGCUGUGAGAACGGCGGCCUGUGCGAUCCGCUGAAGGGGGCGUGUCAGUGUCCGCCGGGCUUCAUCGGACGCCACUGCGAGGACCGCUGUCCGGCCCGCACCUUCGGCCGCGGCUGCCUGCAGAAGUGCCAGUGUGGCGGCGGCAGCUCCUGCGACAAGGCCACCGGGGAGUGUUCCUGUAGGGACGGCUACACCGGGACGUACUGUGACAAACUAUGCAACAAGAAGUGCCAGGCCCGAUGCCCCUGCCAGAACGGAGGCAUCUGCAAGGGCAAGGGCGUGUGUGCCUGCCCCCCCGGGUGGAUGGUGAGUUCUCCACCGGUGGGGGCGGUCUGCACUGAGCGAUGUCCUGAAGGACGGUUCGGCCCGAACUGUGCUGAGGAGUGCGUUUGCCACAACCGGGGCAGAUGUGACCCUGAGACGGGGCAGUGCCAGUGUGCCAUGGGCUUCACGGGGAACAGGUGCAGCGAGGAGUGCUUCAGCGGCCGCUUCGGCCAGGACUGCCAGGGCGUGUGCGACUGUGCGAACGGCGCCCGCUGCUACCACAUCGACGGGGCGUGUCUGUGCGAGCCGGGCUUCAGCGGGCCGCACUGCCGCGACCGCAUGUGUCCGCCCGGCGCCUUCGGCAUGCACUGCGAGAACGCCUGUCUCUGCCAGGACCACAACACGCUCAGCUGUCAUCCCAUGAAGGGCGAGUGUACCUGCCAGCGGUGGGUGGGGCUUUACUGCAAUGAGACCUGCGCUCACGGUUUCUAUGGUAACGGCUGCCUGGAGCCCUGUCUGUGUGUGAACGGCGGGGGUGGCGACCGAGUGACGGGGCAGUGCCACUGCACACCCGGCUACACGGGCCGUCACUGUGAGAACCUCUGUAAGAGCGGCCUGUACGGCCAAAACUGUUCCCUGGAGUGUUCCUGUGGGAACUUCAUCGACUGCUCGCACGUGGACGGAACCUGCUUCUGCAAAGAGGGCUGGCGGGGGUCCAACUGCUCCGUCCCCCUGCCCGAGGGGACCUGGGGUCCGGACUGCAACUCCACCUGCCGCUGUGCCAACGGGGCCAAAUGCAACCCUGCAGACGGAUCCUGCAGCUGCAGCGCCGGCUGGAAGGGGGCCCUGUGCCAACAGCCGUGUCCGGUGAGCUCUGACUGUUUGUCUUCUGGGGACAGACGGGCCUGGUUCGGGCCGUCCUGCCUGAAGAGGUGUCAGUGUGUGCAUGCGGACGGCUGCCAGGCGUCCAGCGGCGCCUGUCUCUGCCUGCCCGGCUGGACGGGUCCUCACUGUGACGAGCCGUGCCCCGACGGCCUGUGGGGGCGCCACUGCAACCAGACCUGCUCCAAACACUGCCCCAACAGCGACACCUGCAGGAGGGAGUCCGGGGCCUGUGUCUGCAGGCCGGGCUUCUGGGGAGUCAGCUGCCAGAACAACACGUCGGAGCAGACGGGGAGCGUCAUGGUGCCGCUGCCCCCCGGGGAGAGGGAGUCCUGGGGGGCCAUCAGCGGCAUCGUGGUUCUGGUGCUGCUGGUGGUUCUGCUGCUGGUUCUGCUGCUGUUGUACCGCCGGCGGCAGAAGAAGAAGCACAGCAACACGCCCGCCGUGUCCUUCUCCACCGGCCGAACCCUGAACUCCGAGUACGCCGUGCCAGACGUUCCCCACAGUUACCACCACUACUACUCCAACCCCAGCUACCACACCCUGAGCCAGAGCCACGCCCGCCCGCCGCUGCCCCACCUGCCCAACAACCACGGCCGCACCGUCAAGAACACCAACAAGCAGCUGUUCUGCAGCGUGAAGAACGCGGAGCGGGAACGCCGCGGCCUGUUCGGGGUGGAGCCCAACGCCACGCUGCCCGCCGACUGGAAACACCACAAGAACCGCAAAGACUCAGGAGCCUUCGGCAUCGACCGGAGCUUCAGCUACAGCGCCACCCUGGGGAAACGCUACAGCAAAGAGCUGAAGGACUUGGCGGCGGCGGCGGCGGCGGCGAGCAGCAGCUCUCUGAACAGCGAGAAUCCCUACGCCACCAUCAAGGACCUGCCGGGCCUGCCCCACUUCUGCCCCCCCGAGAGCAGCUACAUGGAGAUGAAGUCGGCCGUGCCCCGUGAGCGAGCGUACACCGGCGUCCCGCCGCCGCCGCCGCCCUUCAGCACGGGAACCUUACGCAGAGAGCGCCAGGCGUCCCUCAGUCUGCCCCCCCACCCGGCGGGCCACUACGACCUCCCGGUGAACAGCCACAUCCCGGGGCAUUACGACCUGCCCCCGCUGCGCCGGCCCCCCUCCCCCGGGCCCUUCCCCACCAGGCCCCCGCAGUGACCCGCUGCUCCGCCUGCUCCUGCUCCUCCCACCCUGCUCAGCUCCACGCCGCCCCCCGGUGGCCGCACCGCGGUACUGCUGGCCUCACCGUGACAGACCUGCCAUCCAGACGGAGCAGCCAGGACACACACGCACACACACACACGCACGCACACACACAAGCACACACACACACACGCACACACACACACACACACAUACACACACACGCACACACAGUCUUGUAUUUCU